AUGGAGAAUGAUUAUAAAGAAGUAUCUGCUAUAAAAAUUACUUAUAAGGUUAUGGUCUACGUCAAGAGCAUGGCAACGGUAGAUUGCAAAGCUUUGCAAAAUGUAAAAGUAAAAGCGCCCAAUACAGGCACUCCCCCACCUGUUAAUACAUGUAAGGACAACGAGAAAGACAGAAAGAAGCUCAAGAACAAGGAACCGAUCCGAAAAGUAAACAGUCCCGAA